GGUAACCCUCACAGCCCUGUACAGGUUUCGCUGAGAGCUUACUUACUAUCAUAAAGUGUUUGUUUGAUAAUUACAUUGGCUAAUAGAUGACGCCCAUCUUUAUCAGCAUGUGAGUCUGAGUAAGGGGGGGGGGGGUGUAGAUAAGUUGGAAUUGUCAGCCGUUAUUCAACCUUGUUGAGGAAUGUCGAGUUUAAAAUCAACAACGUAACAAAAACAGGCUUAUUUAUGAGCAGAAAAGAAAACUGUUUUCCUUUUAAAUUUUUUUUUUAUGAGGUUAAUUAUAUACAAGUGCAGCUCUUUGUUGUUGAUCGGUUUUCAAAUUGUUUUACAUCCAGGGGUGGGAUGUGAUUCAAGACUUUGGAAAUAAAACCCAGAGAAGGAUAUUUCCCUUUCUAAAAGCAGAGGUCAGAGAUGUGGCUGGUACCAGCGUCCCCCCCCCCUAAAAGAAAAAAAAAGUGGCAAGGAAACAGUCUCAUCAAUUAAAAAUUAGCUUAUCAUUAAUUGUAUAGAUCUUCGUCAUUCCAAAUUGAUCAUGUCAGUUUCGGAUUUAAGUUUAUAAUUCGUGGUUUGUUUUAUAAGCAGAUGAGUAAACUGGUACGCGGAUGUAUUGUACCUAGAAUUACACAAUCUACAGAUUAUACCUGAUAACAUUAAUACUGUUAUAAAUUACAAACAAAGGGUAUCCAAGGAAUAUAAGUUAUCAUAGAUGAGUAAAUACUGCCAAUCAGGAAGUUCACACUCUUCAAAUCUACCCAGCCAAUCACAGAGCAGCUUAGAGGUUUCAACCCAGACGCAUCUAGAUUCCGACUGCUGAUUGGACGAUGAGGGUUUCUGAGUUGUCAAGGCAGGGUAUGGGCUUAUCUAACAGGAGGACUUUGGACGUCUUAAUCCUUUGGUGGGAUUUGAGGAUAAGGUGGUCGUCAGAAACGGUGCUGGUAGUGGAUGACACAGGAUUGUGUGAAGAACCGCUGCAUUAUCUUCACUGCAAUGGGUACGCUACGUGCCUCAUCGGCGUGUCUCUUGCUACUUUUCAUCGUCGGAACAUCAAAAGUUACGGGAUGUUUUACAACGGUUAAUCUAGCUGGGGAGUCAGGAAACCUGUCUUCACCAGGCUAUCCCGACCCCUACCCGCAAGAUUAUGACUGUCAAUCCUUCCUCAUUACGGUCAGUGAGGGCAGUAUAAUUCGUCUAGACUUUGAUAGUUUUGAUCUUGGAGAUGACGAUAGUCUAGUGGUAACAGAUUCUGGAAAGAAUGACGCACUGUUCUUACAAGAUGGUGGGUUGCCCAAAGAUUACUACAGCGUCGGGAACACACUACAGCUUAACUUCACAUCUGUAAACAACAACAACAACAACACUGGUUUUUUUAUUUUCUACACAGAAACAAACAGAGUGUUUCCUUCUAAGGGGCCUCAGCAAUCAGUCACACUCAAGCCAGGCAAACCAACCUUGCUUCGCUCGGUGGACUUUCCCUCGGCGUACAGCGACUAUUCCCUCUACUUCUGGACUGUCACCUCGACCCCUGGAACCAAAAUAGCCGCCGAGAUUCUCCUCCUGGACACCGAGGAGAACUACGACUUCCUUGAGUUCGGAAAUGGAAACGAUGGUAACCUGCGAUUUGAAACAAGGCUUGAGAGGAUGUCCGGCAUGAUGUCCAGGUUGGAGGUUCCGUUGUUUUCGGACUCCAACGAAAUGUGGGUGUUAUUUGAGAGUGAUUACUCAAAAGCUGCUAGUGGGUUUUCUGUCAUGCUGUAUGAAGUGCCAGAUGCUGUAGCUGUGAGUUCUGUGACGCCAUUACCACGUGCAACGUGCGGUUCAAACAUGACCAUUCAGGAAGGAGGUUCGGUAAUGCUGUCGACACCCAACUUUCCUCUCGAUCCAUACGACAACGAUACGGUGUGUGAAUGGAUCAUCACUGGUGUGACUGGCCUGAGAAUCAAUUUCAAUCCCUUCGUCUUUUCUUUAGAAGCGGGUUAUGACUUUCUGGAUAUCGGUAAUGGUGACGAUCCUUCCGAUGCAUCGUCCCGUUUCUUGAGCUUGACGGGUAGUGGCCCUGGCGAUCCUCUCACCUUAGAGUCUGACCAGGUUUGGCUUAGAUUCCGCAGUGAUUCUAGCUCAGAAGACGCAGGGGUUUAUGCUACUCUGGAGCAACCAGCAGAUUGUGGAGGUGUCCUGUACAUAAAUGAGUCCAACCCGACCGUAACAGUUUCCGUCGGGAGCUACGUCGACAACUUCCAUUGUCAGUGGGUUAUAUAUGGAAGGCCUGAUCGCUUCAUCAGCGGCAACAUAACAAGCUUCUCAACAGAAGAGGUGUAUGAUGUCGUUGAGGUAGGCACCGGGGCAAAUCCAGCCGACCCAAGUUCACGUAUCAAGACGAUAUCAGGAAGCAUGGCUACCGAGGAGUUCAACACACUUACGAAUACCUUGUGGGUCACGUUUACCAGUGAUGGAUCAAAUACUGAUCAAGGAUUCUCCAUGACGUUCAGUGAAGAUUUUUUGUGCGGCAUCACAACUCUACUGGAAAAACAGGGUACCGUUGUGUCGCCUGGUUACCCAGCACCCUACCCAAGCAAUGCCGAUUGUCAAUGGAUUGUACAAGCUCGUGGUGGAUACAACCUCAAACUAACCUUCAAUGAAUUUGAGACGGAAGAAGGCUUUGAUAAGUUGCUCAUUGGGGGACUCGAACCCCAAGACCCGGAGUGGUCUCCUUACUAUGAAUUGAGUGGUAACCUAAUGCCCGAUGAGCUUAUAAGUACCUUCAACGGCGUUUCUCUGCGUUUUGUCUCGGAUGGUUCCAAUGUAGCAACAGGAUUCUCUCUCAACUAUGAAGAAAUCUUUUACUGCCCGGAUGGUUAUGAGGUUGGAAACGAUGGGGAGACAUGCUACAAGUUUUCCCUGGCCCCUGCCAGUUGGGAAGAUGCAAGAGAUGAAUGCUAUGGCGUUUCGGACGGAGAUUUGCUGGUCAUUAAUGACCAGGCAGAGUUCGACUACAUCGCUGCUAAGAGUGCAAAUAUCAGCGGGGACUGGUGGGUGGGAUGGUAUGAUCAAUCCGUCGAGGGACAAUGGAGCUGGGUUGAUUGCCAGGCUAGCACUGUCUGGGCCGAUUCAAACUGGGUGAAUGGCUCCCGAGGCGUCGACUCCAUGGUUAACGAUUGCGGAAUGCUGGUGGGAAGUUCGGGUCUUCUCAACGACGGUAACUGCAGCGCUCCGAUGAUGUUCGUUUGUGAAACAACUAAGAAAGCGUACACAUACUCGGACGCCAAGCCAAACCGCAUCCGUGGAACAGCGACCUCCCCGUCUGACAUCCUUCUCUCGUGGCGUCUCUCCCAGGUUGGAUGCGAUCUUCGGGGCUACCAGAUUCGUUACAAUACCACUGCCGCCUUGGAUCAGUUUGUCUACCUCGACGUCACCGACCCUCAGGCCACCAGCGUGGAAGUGUCCGGCCUCAUGGCCGAAACCAACUACCUCUUUGAGUUUGUCAUCGAUACAUUCUCCUAUGGACUGUCAUCUUACAGAACUGCAAAGUCAAUUUUUGCAAUGACGGAAAUAGCUUAUGAAGAUAGGUGUACAACUGGCUUUGUCUACGUGGAUGGAGCUUGCUUCAAGUUCGGCCGGCAGCUGCUGUCUUGGGAAGAGGCCAGGGCAGACUGUCGUUUGACCCCUGGAGCCAACCUCGCUAUCAUUGAUAACGAGUCCGAGCUGAAUAUGGUACUCAACCUGACGGGCGGUAGCGAUUGGUGGAUCGGCCUGAAUGACCGAUCAACAGAAGGACGAUUUAGAUGGACAGACUGCUCCGACCUGAAUCAGUGGCAGAGUGACCAGUGGGCUGACGGUCAACCGGACAACAGGACUGAUAACGAGGACUGUGGCCAGCUUCUCGAGAGUGGACGAUGGAACGAUUGGGACUGUAACAGACCAGUUCAAUACAUCUGUAAAAUCAUCCAGCUAGAUUUUGAACCAGAAGAUGUCAACCCCAACAACCUCACAGGGACUGCUCUGUCGAAGGCCGUGAUUGAGGUUCAGUGGACGCCCUCAACGUACGAUUGUGACGUUCUCGGAUACACUGUCAGCUGGAUGGAACAAACCGCCUCGAACGCUUCCAUGGCGUCCAUGGUCACUGUCGUCGGGGGAGACAUGACCAUGGUGAGGAUCGAUGGCCUGAUGGCGCUUACGACGUACUCCGUCAGCGUCGCUGCUGAAACCGCCGAGGGACCUCUGCCGUUCGUUCAGCCAGUUCUUGUACAAACUUCUAAUGUGACAGUGAUCUUCUGUCCUGACGGUUUCGAGCCUGGACACAAUGACAUCUGCUACAAGUUCGGCCGGCAGAUGGCAACGUUCGAGGAAGCAAGAGCCGACUGUCAGAGGGCUCCUGGGGGCGACCUUGCCGUCAUUGAAGAUGAUGCCGAGAAAAAUUACAUUCUCAACAAGACCGCUGGUGGUGAUUGGUGGAUUGGAUUAAAUGACCGUUCCAAAGAGGGUACAUUUAGAUGGACAGACUGCAGCCGUUUGACCGCCUGGCAGAGCACUCAGUGGGCCGCUGGUCAACCAGAUGACCCCACUGGAACUGAGGACUGUGUCCAGUUUAACAGUGUUGGAGAUUGGAAUGACCAGUUGUGUGACCAGAGGAUGCCAUACGUCUGUGAAAUACUACCUGAAGUUUUUGUUCCUGAGGACGCUAAUCCAAGUAACUUCAGCGUGGAAUCCCCAACCCCCUUCUCCAUCCAGCUGUCAUGGGUCCCCUCGGUCUUCGACUGCGACCUCAAGGGUUACGCCAUCUUGUGGAGGAUCGGAGAUGGUCCCCGUCAAACCCUCACGCUGGACGGAGCCGAGACUGACCAGGUAUUCUUGGAUGAUCUAACCCCCGGACAGAGUUAUUCCUUCCAGAUCGCUGCGGAGACGUUUGUACGCAUCCUACCCUUCAGUGAGAUCCAGAACGUUACUUUGUCUAGCAAUACAACUGGAUUCUGUCCAGGGGACUACGAGUACGCACGCAACGGCAGCUGUUACAAGUUUGUCAAGAAGUUCGCAACGUGGGACGAAGCCAGAAUGGACUGCCAGGGAGUCAGCGGUGGAGACCUCGUCAUCAUCGAUGACCUCCUCGAGGAUGAAUACAUUAUGGGAAGAAUCGUGGAUGGCGAUUGGUGGAUCGGGUUCAGCGACCGUGGGACAGAAGGUCAGUGGCAGACGGUCAACUGUAACGACUUCAACCCUUGGCAACAGUCCAACUGGGCUGUUGAUCAGCCUAAUGACCUGUCGGGUGUUCAAGACUGUGCUCAGCUACUAGAGACCGGUGAAUGGAAUGAUUGGCAGUGUGACCGUCCCAUGCAGUACAUCUGUGAGAUCACACCCAAAGAUUUUGACCAAGCAGAACAGAUAGCUCGUAACCUCUCUGUCAACGUUGACAGCUCAACAUCGGUAACCGUCAGCUGGAUACCCCCAACUUUUACCUGCGACAUCCUGAGUUAUAUGAUCACGUACUCCACAUCCCUCUCCAUUUAUACUGUGGAGGUCGAAGAUGCCAGUUUGGCCGAGAUAACCAUCAACGAUCUACGGCCGCUGACUCGAUACUCAUUCAACCUUGAGACCAAGAUGGCGAUGGGAAACUCAGGCCCAAGUGAACAAGUGGUUGUCAAUACUUUAGCUUAUGAAGGCUGUGAAAACAUUGAUGUGCAGUCCGAUAUUGUGGGCAACCUCUCGUCUCCACUCUUCCCCAAUGAAUACCCACGUGUUGUUGACUGCGCUUAUCGGAUUGAUCUGUCGUCAAGCGUCGGGCCGGACGCCCGCAUUAGACUACGAUUCCUGAGCUUUGCCCUCUCUGAAGGAGACUCCCUGGAAAUUAGGGAAGUUGAUGUGACCGCAAAGAAUUACGAGAAUCCGGUGGUUCUUAAAGGCAGGGGACCAGUGAAGGAUUAUUUCAGUUAUGGGAGUGUGAUUGAAUUACAGUUUAGGUCCGACGCUGUUGCCGAGGGGCGUGGCUUCUCCAUCAGAUACACCCAAUAUGACCAAGCUAUACCUGGUGAUAAACCUUGCGGUGGAACCUACAACAUCAAGCCCAACUCCAUCCUUCAUUUUGACUCGACGAACUACCCCAACGGCUACACCAACGACCAAUCCUGCACCUGGCAGUUCAUGUCCGGGCCGGGGACCAUAGUGGAAGCCUUCCUCCUGAGAGCCGAUGUUGAGGCCGGUUUCGAUUGGUUGAAUGUCGGCAGCGGCAGCGACCCGUCCAAUCAGACCUCGGUGAUAGAGAAGAUCAGCGGUGCCGUCUUGGCCAGGCCUUUUGCAUCCGACGAUAACAUGAUGUGGAUUUCGUUCUACUCGGAUUAUUCCAACUCAGGAGAUGGAUUUAGCUUUCUGAUCGAGGGAAUCGAUCCAAAGGAUGUUGUCCAACCCAAGACUUUAAACGUUGGUGUCCAAGCUACAUGUGGAGGUAGUGUGCAGGUUCCUGUGGAUGGUCAGUUGAUCAUCAAGUCGCCAAACUACCCGUUAAAUUACGACAACAACACAGAGUGCACUUGGCUUAUUACAGGGUUGCCGGGACGCAGGUUCCAAAUGAUCUUUGAAGAUUUCCUACUGGAGAGAGGGUAUGAUAGUGUAGUGGUGGGUUCGGGUCUGGAUCCGACCGAUCAGUCAUCUGUCUACACUACCCUGUCUGGUUCCAGCCAACCUGAUAACAUCGUAUUGGGAGUGGAUACAGCGUGGAUUACGUUCACGUCCGAUGGCUCAAUCGUAGACAGAGGAUUCUCAAUUGCCCUUCAAAAUGCAAAUGAUUGUGAGUUGACGUUGACUGUACCAACCAAGGGAAACGUUACAGUGUCAUCAUUAAAUUUCCCUUCGAGUUAUGACGAUAAUACCUACUGCUUCUGGACUAUCAUUGGUGAAUCCAGACGAUCUCUACGCGCUGAUAUCAUCAGUUUUGACAUUGAGGAUGGUUAUGACUACGUGGAUGUUGGUGUCGGUAACCUUCCGGCUAAUUUGUCCUCGCGUUUCAUCCAUGCCACCGGUUCUCAGCUUCAACCAUUCAGUGGUGACUCCGCUGAUCUGUGGAUGACAUUUACCAGUGACGGCAGCGGCAGUAACGCUGGCUUCCAGAUUAUUUUCCUCGAUGAUAGCUGUGGAGAUACGGUCAUUGAAAACACCACUUCAGGGAGAAUUGAGUCCCCGAAUUACCCCAACUCCUACGCAAACAACCUGGACUGUUCGUGGACCAUCCGUGUAGGAGACCUGUUUAAUGUCAGGCUGACGUUUGAAGGCUUCAAUCUGGAGUCUGGCUAUGAUCAGCUUAUCAUUGAAGGAGUCAUGGAGGAUGGAACUGUGUCUCUGUCUGGUUCCGACCUCCCCGAUGUCAUCAUCAGUGAAGCCAGUGAGAUCACACUCCGAUUCCAGACUGACUCUACUGGCGUUUCCAAUGGAUUUGCUUUGACUUUUGAAGAAAUAUAUUAUUGUCCCGAUGGGUACACAGCUUUCCAAGUUGGCGAUGGUUUCACAUGUUAUCGCUUCUCUACUGACGCCAAAUCUUGGGUUGAAGCUAGAAAGGAUUGUCAGUCUACAAUCGAUGGAGAUCUGAUUGUGAUUGAGAACGCCUUAGAGAACCGAGGGAUUGCUCAGCUGACCGGUGGAUUAGAUUGGUGGUUAGGUUUUUAUGACCGCUCCACUGAGGGUAUCUGGAGGUGGGUUGACUGUCUGGCUCCCAACUCAUUUGGUAAUCUGAACUGGGAGAAUCCUGAGGGACCAGACUCGACGGACGGAGAUGAAGAUUGUGCCGUCAUUCUGGAUUCUUCCGGUCGCUAUGAAGCCAUCACUUGCGAGACCCCAAGAAGCUACAUCUGUGAAAUAGGAGCUCCAAAGCUUUUCGACGCCAAUCCAAGAAACAUAUCCGGUUUUAGCUUCUCCUCAACCGGAAUCAUUCUUCAAUGGGGUCUGAGUCCGCAACGUUGUGACGCCCUCAGCUACUUCAUCCAGUAUGAGGAUAGCAACGGUGCUAGGACGGAUAUAACCAUCACCAAUGUGAAUAGCUUUGAACUGAUCCUGGAUAAUCUCCAGCGGGAUACCAGUUAUACGUUCACCAUCUCCGCACUGACGUUCACUUCAGGACAGCUUCCCUUCAUCGAUCCAGUGGAGAUCAGAACGCUCCAAUUUGACAAUGACUUUUGCCCGCUAGGCUAUUCUAUAGGAUUCGACUACGAGUGCUACAAGUUUGUCAGCACGCCCGCCACUUGGGACGAGGCACGCGCUGACUGCCGGUCAGUGGAGAAUGGUGAUUUAAUAGAUAUCAACACGUAUGCCGAGUUGACUUUUAUCAACGACACCGUUCCUGGAGAAACCGUGUGGAUUGGUUACUAUGACAAGGGAAUAGAGGGAGAUUGGCGAUGGUCAGACUGUGAACUCCCUAAUGCUUGGCAGGCAGUUAACUGGGCCGUAGACCAACCGGAUGACGUCAUCGGCAACCAGGACUGUGCCGAGAUGACCCCUGACCUUCUGUGGAAUGACAGGGUGUGUAACGGACCAGUUACUAAUGGUUACGUCUGUGAGAUCUACACCAAAAAUUACGAUGAUAUUGAUCAGAAUCCUAUUGAUCUGGCUGCUGUGUCUCUAACACCCACAAGAGUCUCCAUAACUUGGACCCUAAGUUUGCGCUACACCUGUGACGUACUCGGCUACUCUAUCAAAUAUUCAUUCGACAAUGAGACACCAAAAGAAUUGCGCGUGGAUGAAGCGUUGACCAAUCGCGCCGUGCUUGAAGGACUCGUACCUAACAAGAACUACACAAUCACCGUCUCUGCGAUCUCCUCUCUCGGGGAUGUGGCGCCCUCUUCCUUCACGAAUGUGGUCACUCUUGAUGGAGAGCUUUGCCCCCCGGGAUACGUUGAGGGGUACGACUACGGAUGCUACAAGUUUGUCGCCGGAAUGCAGUCUUGGAACGAUGCCAGAAUGGAUUGCCAAGCAACCGAAGAUGGCGAUCUAUUGAUUAUUAAUAGCCAGGCUGAGCUGGAUUACAUCAGUGGGGUGAAGCAGAACAUUUCAGGAUCCUGGUGGAUUGGUUUCUUCGAUACCGCUGAGGAAGGAGAUUGGCGUUGGGUCGACUGCUCUGUUCCCCAAGGUGUUGUCGAGUGGGAUGUUGGACAACCUGACGAUAUCAACGCCACACAAAACUGCGGUGAGCUCACCGAGAAUAGUAAGAUCAAUGACUUGGAAUGUGGCGCCAUGAGGAUGUACGUCUGCGAAAUCACUCGGAAAGAUUUCUUCCCAAAUGAUGUGGACCCGACUAAUUUUGAUGGUGUGUCGACCAGUUCCGACUCCGUACUGCUCAGGUGGACAGUCUCAGACUACAACUGUGACAUCAAGGGAUACAAGGUCAUCUACAGCGAGGCUUCAGGUCAAGAAUCCGUUCAGAUUGUUCCUGGAUCAGACACCAACAUUGUUAAUAUAACUGGACUUCUCCCGGAGACAGAGUACUCCUUUAAGCUGUUAGCCUACACCGAGUUUACCGACCGCGAGGUUGCUGCUUUAACGACUGAAAUCACCCAAGAGGUUUUCUUCCCCUGCCCAGAGGAUGGUUGGGAAUUGGGCUUCGGCGACAAAUGCUACAAGUUUGCUGCUGCUCUGGAGAAUUGGUUUGACGCCAGGGCCUUCUGCCGACAGGAGGCAGACGGUGAUCUCGUGAUUAUCGAUUCACAGGAGGAGAACCUGUACAUCCAAGAGAGAGCUCAGGGAGGUGAUUGGUGGAUCGGUUUCUACGAUCUAUCAGUCGAGGGCGACUGGCGAUGGACCGACUGUUCUGAACCGACUCCCUGGACCGUGUCCAACUGGGGUGAGAGUCAGCCCAAUAAUCUGAACGGCAACCAGCACUGUGGUCAGAUCUUGAACGACGGUAAAUACAACGACUGGCAGUGUAACCGAACCAUGCAAUACAUCUGUGAAAUCACCGUCAAAUCGUUUGAGCCAAACGACGCCAACCCAACUCGUCUCCGAGGCAUCGCGGUAAAUCCCAACACCGUGACACUCACCUGGAGACCUUCUCUCGUCUCGUGUGACGUGAUCGGUUAUCGUAUCCUCUACAAUAACCCGCUCAUCACCACGUUCCAGGAGGUCCUCGGUGGAAACUCGACACAGAUCACCAUCUCGGGUCUCACGGAUGGUGUUCCCAUCACCUUCUCCAUCGCCGGGUUCACCUCGGAGGUUCUGCUCACGUACGAAACUCGAGUCACCGUCAACAUGCCGUCUCUGGAUGACCUUUGUGAGGAUGGUUGGGAGCCAGCAGCGGACUAUCGUUGCUACAAGUUUAGUUCACAGCCGAAGACGUGGGAAGACGCAAGGAAAGACUGCCAGAAUGUAACGGAUGGAGACUUGGUCAUCGUUGAGACCGAAGAAGAACACGAGUAUCUAGUCAACCGAACCUUAGGUGGAGACUGGUGGAUUGGACUUUAUGACCAGGGAACUGAGGCCAACUGGCGUUGGGUAGAUUGUCAGGCUCCAAGCGUCUGGGCAGAGACUAACUGGGCAUUCGGGCAACCCAACGAUUUGGAUGAGAACCAGGACUGUGGUCAGAUGCUUCAGUCGGGACUCUGGAACGACUGGAACUGUGAACGACCAAUGCAGUACAUUUGCGAAAUCAGUCCAAAACCAUUUACUUCAGAGGACGAUCAGAAUCCGAUCUUCUUCCGCGGCCAAGCCCUCGACACGACUUCAAUUCAACUGAACUGGCGCCCAUCCCGAUUCAACUGUGAGGUCACUGGAUACCGCAUCGUCUACGAAGAAAACGAUGUUGGCGUGACUAAGUUCAUAGAGGGCGGUGCGACAACUUCGGUCCUCUUGAAGAACCUCGAUCCAAUGCAGGUCUACGUUUUCUUCAUUGGAGCAAUCACUAAGGAUAUGACCUUUGACCUGGGACCAAGAUCUGUCCGCAUUAUGCUGCCAACAACUGAUGGUUGCGGCGUGACUGAGUUUACGAUGGAGAGUGGUAUGAUUUCGUCUCCUAACUACCCCAAACCGUACUUGUCCAACCAGGAUUGUAUUUAUACCAUCUCCCUGCCGGAUGAUACUUCAUCCCUUCAGCUCAACUUCACUGACUUGGACCUCGAGAAAGGUCAAGACUUUUUGAUGAUCGGUGCUGGUCCGAAGCCUGACAUCGACACCCUGUAUACCUUCACCGGGAGCGUGCUGCCCGAUUCCAUCACAAUCGACUCGAGCCAAGCAUGGAUGCGCUUCUUCUCGGAUGAGUCAAAUGAGAAUGCGGGAUUCCAACUGAUGUACGGAGCCACCCAAGGCAAUGCUCUGACAGGCGAGGAUAUUGGCAGUGUGUCUAUAGUCCUGAUUGGUCAGAAGUUUAGCACGUUUGAUGAUAACAUGCAGAUGGACUUUGCGAUCAGUGUUGCCGCUCAACUAAAUGUCUACUGCAGUGAACAACUGGACAACUGUUUAGCUGGACCAAGUGCUAUCUUCAGCUUCCGACAGGUUUACUACACUAGUCUCCAGAAUGCCGCUGACGGUCUGGAAGUGACCUUUUGGGUCAGUGACCCCAGUGAUGUGACCAGCGAGCAAGCCGGUUUGACCUCUGCGCAGCUUCAGGCCAUGUUGGACGCCAAGAAGGAUGCCUUGCAAAGUAAUGGCCAGUUUGACUUCAUCAGCAGCGAGAGCGAACCCAGCCCCUUGGAGGAGCCGUGGGUCAUUGCUCUCUUGGCAGCCCUUGGGUUCUUGGUUCUACUCCUGCUCGGUGUGAUUGGAAACGAUCUGACAAAGAGAAGAAGGAGAAAAUCCACUGACUUUGGAUCCGAUACAUUGAGUCAAGAUCUUGAACUGGAAUCACAAAGCAAUUUUGUCACCGAUGAUGAGGAGCUUUUUGCUGAUGGCGACGAUGAACCUGUGACCUUAAGGGUCCCCAGUCUGGUGACACACAACGUCUUUUACAGCAAUGCUGCCAUGAGCCUCGAUACCAACAGAGAAGUCCAGGACCAAGACAACGGUGAACGCGUAACAGAUGAGGUCACCAUGACCCAUGAACCAGCCUACGCUUCAUCGAGCAAAGCCAAAAGGUCCAUUAAGAAGGACUAGGGUUUGGAGAAUUUAAUCAAUGCCCACUGGAGACUUAAAUUUUAGCUUUCUGUAAAGACAUCAAUUUAAUAGAAAGUUUUUAGAGUAU